GACUUCUCCAAGUUUUUGGAUACCAACUUUGAUGUAAAGGACUGGGUUAAUGCUGCCUUUAGGACACAGAAGGAUUCUCCAGAACAAAAAGAUGCCCAUGCAGCAACACUGGUUAUGAAGUUGCAGCUCUUUAUCCAGGAAGUAAAUAACUCUUUGGAAGAGACGAGUCAACAAGCUUUACAGAACCUCCCUCGUGUUCUACGAGAUGUUGAGGCUGUGAGACAAGAAGCUGGCUUUCUUAAGGAUCAGAUGCAACUAGUCAAGGAAGACAUCAAAAAGGUUGAGGAGGAUACAUCAGAGUCUAUGAAGAUGCUGUUAGAAAUUGAUACCAUUAAAUCUCGGAUGAAGGCAGCAUCUGAUGCUCUCCAGGAAGCUGAUAACUGGACCACCUUGAUGGCUGAUGUAGAUGAGGUGUUUGCUAGUCAGGAUGUUCAGCUGAUAGCAAACAAAUUACUUGCAAUGCAGCAUAGUCUGAGUAUGUUGGCUCAUUGUGGUGAUUAUGAUGAGAGAUGUCAGAGUCUGGAAGUUUUAAAGAAUCGUUUAGAAGCUCUUCUCAGUCCUCAACUUGUCAGUGCCUUCAAUUCACAUUCACUCGAGGCUACACAGAAAUAUGUGAAAAUAUUCAAAGACAUGGAGAGACUGCCACAGCUCAGGAAUUAUUAUUACAAAUGCCAUAAGAGUUCUUUAUUACUACAGUGGCAGCAGCUACAAGAAACAAAUAGAGAAAAGGUUCUUGCAGAAUGGUUGCCAACAUUCUAUGAAACAUUGCUUACAACAUGGCAUAGAGAGGUACAAUGGUGUGAUCAGGUUUUCCCUGAUGCAGUUCUGAUGGUAUGUGAGCUCUUAACCCAGACAUUAUUGAGUCUUCAACCUUCUCUACCAGCUUGUAUGGACUCUGCCUUGCAAGACAAUGCUCUCCUCAACCUCAUUGAACUCAGACAGAUCACCUUGCGAUUUAUCAAAAGUUUAGAGGGAGCUAUACAGUCUGUGACUGACAAACUGAUUGGUAGUCAUUUUGAAGACCUGGUACAUGCGAUCCAUGCCCCAUACAUUCCAUAUCUGAUAAGAUACAGCUUCUAUGAGGAAGAACAUUUAAUACAAGAACUCUCAACUGUUAAUAUGGCAAGGCAUGAUUUGAUAGACUGUGCUCAGUUACUUUCAGAUUCACUCAAUAAGAUAUUCAAACUGACAAAUGAGGCUUUAGACAGAUGUACAUCUUUUACUGGAGGCUUUGGUAUUGCUGGUCUAUUAGCAGCACUCAAAGCCUUCUUUAGCUUGUAUUGUCAGAAGUUUGACAGAACUUUGGAAACAUUGAGGUCAUCAUGUGGACUUGACCCAGGAAGUACUAAUGCUAUGAUGACCUCUGCUGGAGCAGAACUGGGGGAGGAUUGGAGCAAGUUUCAGAAUGCUCUCAAAAUAGUCCAGACCUGUGGUGAGUUAUUAUUACAGAGUGAAGAGUUUGAGCUUCAGUUGAGUAGCAGUCUUCUUCAUACAUGCAGUAGCUAUGACAUACAAAUCUUCUCUCCUACAUCACCAACAAAACCAAGUGUGUCCUACAGCAGUCCAUUCAAGGAAUAUAAUUACUUAGCCAGAGAAGAUCCUUCUCAACAUGCUGCCUUUCAAGAUCUUAUAAUCAAACUCAGAGAAGAUGAGAGUUCAUCUCUUCUUGAAGAGCCAUUAGAAGCCAUGUCGAAGAUCACUGAGCAUGCUCAGAAACUUGCGUUUGGUAUAGUCUUCUUUCAGCUACAACUUCAGCUUUCUCAAGUAUCACAAAUGGAGGUUUGGACUGACAAGGGAGGAAUGUUAUCAGCUGAUCUACCUACUUUCAGUUUAUCUCCUCAAGAAUAUAUUACCAAGAUUGGUCAGUAUUUAAUGACCCUACCCCAGCAGCUUGAUAUUUGUACAAACCAGGAUAAUCCAGCGAUGGAGAAAGCAUUAGAAGCUAGUCAAUUACCAUUCCCACCGUCUACUGGUUCUCCAGAAGUGGCACAUCUAGCAGAUCAUUGGAUUGGGUCUGUUGCCAGGGCAACAAUGCAUAUGUAUGUUGAGGUCAUUUUGAGGAUCAAUGAGCUAAGCCCACAAGCAGCAAGGCAGUUAGCAACAGAUAUAGAUUAUUUGUGCAAUGUAGUUGAUGCUCUUGGGAUACAUCCAUCUAAGAAUCUGAAGCACAUUGAAGAACUACUCAAGCUUCCUCUAUCACAGUAUGGUGAAAAGAAAGGAAUGAUACCAGAUAGAUUAAUGCAUGCUGUAGCGAGUAUGAGGAGCCAAGCAGAGUCAUAGAUUGAUCUCAACAUCAUCCUGUAUUCUACAUGAAUUAUUCAGAUUUCAUCUACAUAAUUGCAGUUGAUUCAGCUUAUGCAUUGAGAAAGGCUUCGUAAUAUAUUUAUGCUUUUUGCUCAGGGUGUUAAAGGCCCUGUCACACGAUUCUGUCAUGUUGGUUUAGUUUAGGGCAGUUACAACUCACCCACAACAAGUUUUGAGCAAGUUUAAAGGUGUUCUUUUGAUAAAUUAGACUUCUGUGCACUCCUGUGGCAACUGUGUUUGAGUUACAUAUGAGAUACUGUCAAUGAUGGACACCGACAGGUGACUAAUAAAUCUAUUUAUCCACAAAUUACAUGCAAGGCUUGCACGGAAUGAUGUGAGAGCGCCAUAAGUAAAUACAAAAUCAAGCACAGUCCUGAAAUUUGCAUAGUCCUCUUUAAUAUAUCCCUCCUGAUUUAAACCUAUUUUGUGAAUUCGGACCAUUUGGUCUGAGAACGUGACUUCACUCUUACAUGUAGCAUGGUAUUCUGUGUGGUAAGAUUUUUACCUUUACAAAUUUUAUGACAGACAAAUGAAAUAUUCUAAAUCAUUGCUUGUAAAGCACAGAGGUGGGCUUAGUCCUUAGGUAUCACAAUCCAUAGUUUCAUUCCCAUUAUGUGUACUAAUGUUCUUGGUAAGGCAUUUAUCUUAAGGUCUUUUGAAGACCUCUGGUUAACAAGCAUUCCUGCUCUCCUAGCAGUUCGGUACAAAUAAAUUACUUCCACCAUACCGUGAGAAUGAAUUAUUCUCUAUUCUUCAUAAUUGAAUAUUUUGUACAGAUUUUACCUAUAUUUUUUUAUACAUGUAGCUUACAUGUAUAAAGUUGAAUCACAUUUAGUAAAGUCACUCAUUUCUCCACAAGUUAAGUUUUCAUGAUUGCAUAAGUGGAAUGUAUUUAAAGUAUAUUGUUCAAAUCCCUUCCAUAAGAAUUCGGAAGUCUUUCUCUUAGUAUCAAUUUGUGAUUAGGCAGAAAUAUCCAGAAGAAAGAUAUCUUCUACAUCAGGGCAACAUUUGGAAGGGUGCUUUAGAAAUCAAGAAAUUUGACCUGGACAGAUUCAGCUGUGUUUAGAAUGCAAGUUGAAUGGACAGAAAAAGUCACAUAAUGGUAUUUUAUGUGCAUUUUUGGCUCAUUCUGGUGAUAAUGUGACUAUUAAGGUAGAAAUUUGGGAUGGAAUUGAUUGAGUGGGUUGAUCAGUCUACACAUUGUAUCUAAUGCCAUUAAUGUCUAUCCAUAGCUAGUGUAAAUAAGGUGACCCAUUGUUUUCUUCAUGCAAAUAAGAAACACACUUCAUACAUUCAUCUGAAUGUUGCCACUUGGGUUGCCAAGAAGUCAAGCUUAGCUUAUAGUGGCAACCCCUGCAGCCUUCUAUAAAUCAAUAUGUUUUAUUUGUUUAAUGUUUUGCUUGUCAGUUAUAUGUAUAUUAUUGUAAGUUAUUUGUUAAUGUGUUUAUUAAAAGUGUUGCAGAAACCAAUAAAUGAAAUGAAAUCUGUAUAAAUGAUAUAAUUAAUUCAUAUGUAUCAUUUAAUUGGGUGUUAGAAUCAUGAGGAUAUUACAUAUUAGCCAUUUUGGAUUUUCUCUUCUUAAUACAUUACCUUUCGCAAUUCUACAAGAGUUAUUCUUUCUAACAAUGAUUUAAAUCCCUUUCCAGUUAUAUGCUUUUCACACUGCACAUAUUUUCCUUAAAGGUAUCGUUUAACUUUGUGAGCAGCCGAUUUAAAAAAUUC